AAGGUGCCUCAGGCCCCGCCCCUUCCCAAGCGAUGGCUCCCCACUUCCGGCCACCUCAGGCCUUUCCGCCGGUUCUGUGCGGGUUUUAAUGCCUGCUCCCCAGGUGGCUUUCGGCGCCAGGUCCGGGUCUCUCCGCACCCCCAUUUGCCCCCAGCGGCUGGCUCCUCGUCCCCAAUCUCACCGAGGCUGAGGCCUGCGGCGGGUGAGUCCGCGCAGACCCGACUCCGCGUCUCCUCUGCUGCGUUGAGGCCGCCGCCACCGCCUCGGGAUGCCGCGGCUGGGUUUUGCCGCCGCGGGCCGUUGGGGCUGCCGGCUGCUCGUGCUGCUGCUGCUGCUGCUGCUCGUUCCGGGACCCGGCGGCGCCUCCGAGAUCACCUUCGAGCUGCCCGACAAUGCCAAGCAGUGUUUCUACGAGGACAUCACGCAAGGCACCAAGUGCACCCUCGAGUUCCAGGUGAUUACUGGUGGUCACUAUGAUGUAGAUUGUCGAUUAGAAGAUCCUGAUGGUAAUGUGUUAUACAAGGAGAUGAAGAAACAGUAUGACAGUUUUACUUUCACAGCCUCCAAAAAUGGGACAUACAAAUUUUGCUUCAGCAAUGAAUUUUCUACGUUCACACAUAAAACCGUAUAUUUUGAUUUUCAAGUUGGAGAAGACCCCCCUCUGUUUCCUAGUGAGAACCGAGUCAGUGCUCUUACCCAGAUGGAAUCUGCCUGUGUUUCGAUUCAUGAAGCUCUGAAGUCUGUCAUUGACUAUCAGACUCAUUUCCGUUUGAGAGAAGCUCAAGGCCGAAGCCGAGCAGAGGAUUUAAAUACAAGAGUGGCCUAUUGCCACAGUGUGGCUACAAGUCAGAGACAUCAUGAGUCCAAUUCCAAGAAAUCUGACAUCUCCCUGCGUGAUGUUGCUGAGCACAGCUGCACAACAGAGAUGCCAACAGGAGAGCUGGCGGGAGCUGCGGGCGUGGAUGGGAUGUCUGAAGAGGAAGCAGAAGAAGAGGUGUUCUUCAAAUUUGUGAUAUUGCACGCAGAGGAUGACACAGACGAAGCUCUCAGAGUCCAGGAUCUGCUCCAAAAUGACUUUGGCAUCAAACCUGGAAUCAUCUUUGCUGAGAUGCCAUGUGGCAGACAGCAUUUACAGAAUUUAGAUGAUGCUGUAAAUGGGUCUGCGUGGACCAUCUUAUUGUUGACUGAAAACUUUUUAAGAGAUACCUGGUGUAGGUUCCAGUUCUAUACGUCCCUAAUGAACUCCGUGAACAGGCAGCACAAAUACAACUCUGUUAUACCCAUGCGGCCCCUGAACAAUCCCCUGACCCGGGAAAGGACUCCCUUUGCUCUGCGAACCAUCAAUGCCCUGGAGGAAGGAAGUCGUGGCUUUCGUACACAAGUGGGAAGAAUUUUUCAGGAGUCUCUGUAUAAGACACAGCAAACUAUAUGGAAAGAGACAAGAAAAAUGGCACAGAGGGAAUUUAUUGCCUGAGGUGGACCACAGAGCACGUGGCUGGCUCUCGACUUAUAAAACAAAUGAUUUAUCUUCACUUGAGAAAGUAAAUCCAGGAAAAGUUUAAAUAAAAGCGAUCCUAUUCUUACAGGAACCUAGAGAGCACAAGGGAGAUAAAUUUCUGCCAGACAAAGAACUGUGGUACUUUUUGAAUUUUCAGUAAACUCGAGAAAGUUUCAAGAA